CCGGUGUCAAUGCGCAUGCGUCUAGUAAGAAGCCAUGUUUUGAUGUUUAUUUGUGUGUAAAAUAUUGUGAUAAUAAUUCAACCAGACUGCGAAAAUGAGGAUAAUUGCAGCCUUAUUUUUUAUUCUGGUGCCUUCGAUGGCAGCUAAAGAAUAUCCCGAUGAUAUUUCUCAACUUCUGAAAGACCCACAGCUUAUAUAUGACCUUGUAAAGCGGCUCGGAAGUGAUGUCGAUUUAUCUUCAUCCCCUCAGAAAAAAUCUUAUUCGGAUAAACAUUCCGAUUCGACAGUACAUGAAGAUACUGAUAUCAAUCGGGAUCUCGUUAAUAAUGAAAACAAGCCGUCGUGCAACACUCGUAAACCUGAAAGGAAGAUAAUAAGGACCGAAGAUUCUAGAAAAGCCGGUGCUAUAUUUCUCGCUUCGUUCGAAAAUAUUGCCACAAACGAAGAAUGUGUAUCAAAAUGUUGUUCUUCGAAAGGUUGUGACCUCGCUGUUUAUGAAAACAAAACAAAACACAACUGCUACCUGUUUACAUGUCGAGAUGCAGUGUCAGGCGAGAACAAGUGCAAAUUUGAAACCCAUGCCGACUAUGUCUCCACAAGAAUGUCCAGCUCUGUGGAGGACAACCAUAAGUUGGUGGACACAGAGGACACUGGUCAUCAUGUUGAGCCAGACCCAGACUCUUUGGCUGAUAGGCAGCAGGAAAAAGUGACGGAAGUACCAAAAUCCCCCCACACCAAGGUGAAAUCAACUCCUAGACCCACACAACUGCCACACUCAGUGGCCUUGGAUGGUUCUUGUCUGGCUGACCUGAGCUGUGAGGACCCACAUGCUGUCUGCUCAUCAACAGGUUUCUGCAAGUGUCAGGACAACUACAAACAGAAAAGUGGUUUCUGCAGAGAGGUAUGUGGUGCAGAUCAGGUCGAGUGCAAGAUUCGAGGGACAUCAUGGGUGGGACCAGACUGCAUCCCCAAAUCCAAGCGUUGUGAUGGUACCACAGAAUGUGCAGAUGGAUCAGAUGAGAGAGACUGCUCCCCUACAGCACUGGUGGCGGAUAAACAGUUAGAACCAUGGCAAAGGAAACCCCCAGCAAGUCUCCCUGGUGAUGGGAACUAUGAUGAUAUGGGCUAUGGCAGUGACAUACAGAUCCCUGACUUACCACAGGGAGACUACUCCAGGACAGACCUAGAGAAGGAGCUGAGUGACGGCAAGGAAGUGAGUCAGGGAGUCUACACUAAGGAUGCUGAUCGUACUGACAAACUUGCUGAUACUGUCAACAAUGCAUACAGCAAUACCAGGGGAAAGGUGCAUGAUUAUGAGUACUCAUCGGAUGUGGAUAAAGAACUAGAAAGAGUGAGCAUAUCUGAAACUGACCGGCCCUUGGUGAAGCCUACGUUCCUCCCAUCAAAGCCAGAGGUAUCAUGGUACAGAGAUGAAGUGUUGCCCGAGGGUCAGAGGAAUGAGGACAAGCAGAAGAGUGAUUCAGAUGUUGCCAGUAAGAGGGUUCACAGGGUCGACACAACUGUUGAGGAAAGUGCAGAUAGACCUCCAGCGAGUUCAGGAAUGAAAACUCCAAAGCAUGAUCUACAUGCAACUCCAGUUGGUCGUCCUGAAGCAAGACCUCGACCCCCUCAAAGAGCCAAGCCUGAGAUUACUCACUCUCCCCAAAAGACAAGCUUGCCUAAAGCUCAGCCAAGUGAAAUGUAUCCCAAGCCCAGCAGUCAGGACUCAGCAUUCCAGACACUAGCCCCUGAUGCCCCGUCAGAAGGAGAUGACAGACUCAUGGACAACAAGCCUGCCUCUAACAUGGGCUACAGACCAGCAUUUAACAGACAGUAUCCACCACAUGGUUUGAACAGACAACCCCCAAGGACCCAGGCAAUAAACCCCAAUAUUCCCGCUCCAGACUAUGACACCAAUCUGUAUGGGCUGGGUCAGCAACGCCCUUACCCCAUAAGGAGGCCAUUCCAACAAGGUCAUCCUAAUGGCCCGUAUCGGAAGUUCCCUGAUACUGGUUUCAACCAUGCAUACACAGGUGGCUACAACAACUAUGACUACAAUGACUUUGAUCCCUAUGUCCCUCUCCAAGGCAAAGACUACAGCAAUCCUGACACCCACAGAACUUAUGGCAGCCAGGGCAAAGCGAACUACCCUUAUAAGUCAUAUGGUGGAGACUAUCAUGAUGGGAACAGCCCCCCGGACAUGGUACCCUCCCAAGACAUGCCAGAUGAACAGGUUGGAUCAACUCAAGAUUCUGACACUGACAAUUCCAACAACUUAGCAGUUGUCAAUGAAGACAAACAAACCCAACAAGGCAGUAAAAGUACAGAUGCCACAUCCCAGUCAUCAGAGGCUAAAACUGAUGCAGCAGUGUCCACUAACAUGGUUAAGGCAGAGAAAAAGCCAACCAGUCAAGACAAAGAUGACAAGCAGGUGUCCAAUCACAGCCAAAGCAACAAAGAUACCCAAGAGACAGACAUCAAAAAGGAACCAACUGAAUCUAAAGACAAAUCUAAGGAUGACAAGACACUGUCUCCUACUAAGAGCAUCACUGCAUUGAAGCCAGUCGGUGACAAGAAUGUGAAAGCAGCUUCUACACCAGUGCAACAUCCAGCUGUGAAUGUUGUGGAUGAAGAACAGGAGACAGUAUUUCUCACCAAGGAAAAAGUCAUUGUAGCUAGCCCAACAGACAAUGCUCAGGGACCUAUAGUUGCUCUGUCACUUGGUCUGGCCAUAACAGUCAUAUUGCUGGUGUUUGUUGGAUGCAGGCUCAGAAAUGUGCGGCGGAGAUUACGGAAAGGACGACCCCUACAUUCCAAUGAGGCCGACUAUCUCAUAAAUGGGAUGUACUUGUAAAAAUAUUUACUUUUAAUUUGAGAUUGUUGAGACAAAUAGUGUGUAAGUGUCAUAUUACGAACAUCAUUGUACUUGUGUAUCAAACAAAGAAUGAACUUUUUGCCAGGUUACAAAAGUCAAAUUAAGAUAGAAAAAUGAAACAUUCCUUCAUUGAGCUUUUUGAUAUUUAUUAUGUCACUUCCAGCAUUUAAAUGAUCUCAAAAUAUGUUUCUCUGAUCUGUUUUGAUUCAAUAAUUCCCACCAUGGACUAAAGGGUCAUGUACAUUUAAUCUUCAAAUACUAUAACAUUGGCACUUCACUCCCUUACUCUUAAAGUGACAUUCCAAAGGGACACAUGAUACCUUUUUAUACUCCCAUUUCUUACUUUUACAUCAGCUUUAAGUGUGAAGUGUAUCUUGACGUUAGAAAUCCAUUGGCAUAUGUUUUUUCUGAUUUUAAAAUGGCAAUUACUGUGACCAUUAAAUGAAAGGACAAAUACUCAGUUUAAUAUGACAGCUGUUCUUACAUACAAAUGUUUCUUUUCUUAUUACAUUAAAGAUAUAGAUAUGCACUGCUAGUUAUGAUGCAAUCAGAUUUUGUUACCUGUUUCUCCUGCUUGUCCAUCUCCACUUGAUGCUGCAGCCCUCCACAUCAGUGUGCAUUUAGGCAACAAAUAAGCAUUUACCGCAGGUGUACUCAUUGUGAUAUUUGACCAAAACAUUCAAGUGAGGACAGGUUACCUCUGUUGUGAGGAGUGUAUUCACUUGUGAGGAAGUAGGUUGGCUUUAUUCUUCACUGUUCUUGUGAUAUGUUUUAUGGUAGCGUUAUUUGUAUUGGAUGUCGUUGUAAAUAUUUGUGUGGUUCUCUUUGUUUGUUACCACGUAUUCCAGCUAGAUAGUGAUCAUCAUAAACUUGUGAAGGUUGUAUACAGCAGCCAGCAAAAACACCAAACAUGUAAUCAAAAAUAUGUUUAUACAUUCCAUUUUAUUUCGUUUGCUCAAAUGUUGAUGCCAUGAAAACAGAAAUCUAUAUACCUUUGUUAAUCCCUGAGUUUCCUUAUACUUACCACUGUUGAUUUGAUCAUGUUAAAUCAAAUUAUAAUGAAAAGAACUCAUUUAUCACCUGCAAUCAACUGUUUAUGUAUGCCAAGUUUCUGACUAUAUAGUUCUACAUUUAUAUUUAUACACUUUGUUGUCAUCUUGUUGAACAGAGUAUUUAAUAUGUUUAUUCAUGUUACCUUGUGAAAUCUGUGCACUUCAGAUUGCAAAUCAAAGAAAUUGAACUUUUAGGAAAUGUUUAAAAUGAAAUGGUAACAAAUCAAUAGUCAUCAUGAUUAUGUAUGUUUAAUGUCAGCAUGGUUGUGGAGGCUGUUACUCUUUAAUAGUACUUUCAUGUUUGACAAAGGUGUACAAGUAUAUGUUUACUAAUCAGCUGCAAUGUCUUUAAGUUUAAAUGUAACAUUGUACAUAGCAUGUACAUCACAUUACUUACUAGAUCAUAGUGACAAAUGAUUCUAUGUAACAGGUGUAGAUGUGGACUGAUCCAUAUCUUCAUCACAAACAUCCUUAUCCGGUGUAUGAACCCUAUCUUCAUGGUAUAGGGACAGAGUCCACUCCUCUCCAUUUCACCUCUGUUGAGAGAUGGUAAAGAGAGCCCAGUUUCUGCAAGCAGGUUCUGAUCAAUUGUAUAUGUUUCUGUGACAUGGUAUAUCAGAAACUUCAGCACAACCAUGAUAACAGGGUACUGAUGGGAGUUGAGGGGACACAACUCUACUUACAAUUACAGCAGUGAUGAAAGAAAAUUGAAUUUAUGAAUCAUUAAAUAUAUCAAUCAGGUUCAGAAUUAAAGUAAUAAUAGUUAAUAGCUGUUGAUGAAGCAGCAUAAAACCUUAGCCAUCUUACAUUGAUUGGUAUGAAGCACUACCCCACUGUCCUUACAAUAUGUUAUCACAUGUGUUCUUUUAUGCUACAACUUUAUGCAGUGUAUUUAUGUACUGGUACAUUAGUUUGAGAGUAUUCCCUACAUACUGGACAACACACUGAACAGCCUUCAGCUGUGCUUUAUUUUGUUCACACAAGAAAAAGAAGAGAGGAAGACUCAUUAGGUGGUUGAGAACUACAUUUACAAGGUUUAGUAGGCCUAUAUUUCAGUGGUCAUGCCAAUGCUGUACAUUCCAUAGGGUAAUGACAGAUGUUUGACAUUCAGUGUAGAUUUCCCCCUAUAUCAAUGAAUAUAUAGUCAUGUUUGUUGUUGAGUGGACAACUUUAAUUCAUAUUUCAGAAUGUCAGAAUCAGAUAUGAUUGGAUUAUUCAAUAAGAUACCUAAAAAGCAUGAUAGUUUGCAGUACCUGAGAUGUAUUUCUUGUGUCUUUCAGUUUGUCUUGCCCACAUGUUGUGUGUGAUAUUUACAGGUGGAAAGCUUUGUUUGCACUGUGUUUCGGGGUAUGGUUUCCAACUGCUGUAGAAUGACACAUUGUUGGGAAUUAUGUGGAUAUCUGGAGUAGCACUGGAAAUCAUGUUUUUCAUGCAAAGAAAGUUUACCACAUAUUUACCAAACCUGUACCCAGUUAAUUUCAGUUUUAACGUAGAAAAAUAUUUGAUUGUGUGUAGGGUGACAUCAGUCUCUUUCACUGUUGUCUGUGAUAUUUGUUUCUUUCCCAGAAAUAAAAAGUAUUUUGUAA